AUGUAUCAUUGUUAUAUUGGUGCACAUUUAUCUAUUGUUAUGUUUGAUUUUCAAACGUUCAGAUAG